AUGACCACCUCACUCUGCCAAGGGACCUUUGCCCCUAGUGGAUUGUUUUACGCUAAUGUGGUGUGUCACGCUAGCAGAGACGCUGUUGUGAUUCUGCCGUUAAGCCCAGAUACCUAUCCAGAGGGCGCCAUCACCGAGGUGCCAGCAUCACUUGUGUCGCGCUUUGAGUUGAAGACCAAGGUCUCCGCACUCUGCUGGGUUCAAGCAGCUUCUAAAACCACCAAAAAUACCAAGAGAAAGCAGAACGGUGCGAGCACCAAAACCACCGCUGCCGCCGAAUACUACCUAGCUGUCGCUCAUGUCAAUGGCAUCUCCAUCUACUCUCCAUUCAGCACUGAGCCAAUUUCCACCUUAGAGACCGAUGUCAUUGGUAUGUGUGGGUCCCAGAACUCGGCUGAUCUAUGGGUCUUGGGCUCCCAGGGUAGCGUCAAGAAAUUUGACGUCACUACUGAAGUCGUCAAGACCGAAUUCACCUACAAGAAGGACACCGAUGUCAAACUCAUCUGCACCAUUUCCCUCGACGGCGAAGAGCACCUUGUUUUGUGCUCCGACAAACUAUCUGUCAUUUCUCCAGAUGCUCCAUCCAAACCAGUGUUUACUACCAGAAAGAACAAGGCGCACACCCAGAUCACUGCAGUAGCUCAGGCCGGUAGCGCGUUGUAUAUCACCAGAGAAGACACCACCGAAAUACAGAUGAUUGAUAUCGAGGGAAAGCGGAAAGCUGUGUUUGAAGUUUCCUCCGUUCCGUCUAGUGUCGCUGUUUUUGACAUCGAAGGCUCCGAAAUAAUGGCUGCUAUUUCCGCAGAAACGUUUGAGUUCUUCACCGACGUCUCUGUGGCCAAGAUCACCACCAACUAUCCUUGUUUGGCAGGUCUCCAUAACUACCAGAACAAGUUCAUUUCUGCAUGCAACAGCGGCGCUGCUGCCACCUUUGUCGUCACCCCGUGGGCCCACGGCGAAACUGUGCUCCAGUGCAAAGUUCCAGCCGGGUGCAGCAAGAAGGCAAAGACCGAGGCUACCACUGUCAUUGUCGGUGCUGAGGCUGUGGAUAAGGAAGGGCUUACCGAAGGCGAGGCGUACGCUUUGUUGAUUGCUUCUUUGGACAGCUCCACCGUUGGUAGAGUCGUUGCGUCCCAGCAGGUGGAGGACGCUGUCAGAGAGAUCGUCCAGAAAUUGACUUCCGCGCAGGCUGUGCAGUUGUUUGAGGCGCUCUCUACGAUGGUUUCCGCCAGCCCCUCCCGUUCUACCCAGGCUAAUGUCUGGUUGAAGUGGACCUUAUUGGCCCACGGUGGUUAUCUUGCCAAGCAGCCAGCGCAGAUCCAACAGUUGAUCGCGUUGAAGCAAGCAUUGGUAGCCGGCACCAAAGGUCUCACAGCCAUGUUAGGAUUGCAGGGGAGGUUGGAGUUCUUGAAGUCGCAGUUGGCGUUGAGAAACGAGAUUGCCAAUGGCCACGAAUCGGAAGAGGAGGCUGAGGAUGAGGUUGAGGUUAUCACGUCUGACAACUUGGUCUAUGCCAACGGUGAGAUCGAUGACGUGGUUAGCGAAGAGAGUGGUGCCGACGAGGAUGAUGAAGACGAAGAGUAG